AUGUCUUCUCCGACCGCCAGCCACACUGAUUACAACCCGCGUCGUCCUGGAAGCCCCGGCCAUGUUCCAGCCGACUUGCAAACAGUCACCCUCGACCCAGAAGUACUCGACCAACAGGCAUCCAAUACCGAGCACAAAGACAGCCCUGCACCUACUCCAGCAGCAUGGGGCAUCGGCUGGCAGUGUCCUGCCAUGAUGGUCGGCUCUGCCGUCUGUGGCGCAUUGGUAGCGCUCGGUCACCACAUAUACUACAACACCCUAGAUACUACGCGCGUUACCUCAGUCGAACAGCAAACGUGGGCUGUUCGAAUCGGAACCGGCCUCGCCUUUAUUUCGCGUGCUUUCCUCGUAGCAGCUGUUGGUGCUGCUGCGGCCCAAGAGACAUGGGCUACCCUCCGCAAAAAAAGCAUAAGGCUGUACGGGAUCAACAACAUGUUCAGCAUCCUCAACAACCCGAUGGCUUUCUUGUCUCUCGAUAUCUGGCUCUACGCAAAGACGCUGACGGUGCUAGCCAUUGUAUCAUGGCUCAUCCCCUUGGCAGCGGUUAUCACGCCCGCCACUCUGUCCGUCCGCCUUAGGAUAGCUUCCAAUGAGACCCGAAUGCAGGUUCCGACCAUUGACUUUGCUUUGAAUACCACUUGGGACUCCUGGAUGGCAUUGGAAGGGACCGGGCGUAUCGAAUCAUACCUAGGCUACUCUCCGGAUAUCAGCCGCCUGUUCGCAGCCACUUCUGUAUCCAUAAGUGUGCUCCCUGUCUCUGCCCCCUUGCCGAACUCGUCGUAUACUCUCGACUUCUGGGGCCCGUCCUACAGAUGCGAGAGGCUUAAUGAUGUUGUCGCACAGGAUGGUUCUAUACAAGACAUAUGGAACACCGAGAUUUCAGGCGAUAUCGACCCGGACUUCACUAUAUACAUAGGAACUCAACCCUCGCAGCUGAAUAACACAAUCUUCGUGUACGCAGCGGGGUCGAACCCGGUGUGGAAUGCCGAGAAUGCCACACAGCCCACCGAGCUCGUCUGCCAGCUCUGGAACACCUCGUACGUGGUCAGCCUCAAUUUCAGCGACGGGGUCCAAGCCCUAACCCCCAUAUCCACAACACCGUCCGCCUUUGCAAACUGGAGCACAGAGGAAGCAACAGAGUCUGCAUAUAAGAACAAAGAGCGGGUAAACGCGGGCUUCCACAUUGUAAGUAUGCUCUUCCAAGAUCUCCUGCACCGCCAGCUCAAGACUGGCGCAACGGGAAGCUUGCGCCAGGAGGUAACCGGACAUCGAUCCGCCCAGUCAAGCAUUUCAAUCACACAGACGGGCCUCUUUUCGUGUCCCGACUUGUGGAACAGUUCUACAUACGAAGAUGCCCAAGUGACCAAGACCAGGGAUGCAACGCGGUGCCGUAACAAGACGCUCGCUCGCGCCAUCGAAGAUCUCUCGCAUAAUUUUACCUACAGCCUGCUCAGUCUCAACUCCGCGAAUACGUCUGUGAACGUGACUUCCUCCUUUCCGCAGAACUACUUCAGCUACAACCAGAGAAACCUGCUUGCUGCUUAUAUUGUUUCGGUGGGAGUAACAGUCGGCUGUGUCGUCGUUGGGUUCCUGGCCAUGCAUCGGAAUGGCAUCUCGCAGAAUACCUCGUUUUCCACGGUACUGCUCACAACGCGGAAUCCUGAGUUGGAUGGCUUGGCCGUUGGGAACUGUCUUGGGUCGGACAAGAUGGGUGUCGAUGUUGGGAAGGUUCGCCUGCGGUUUGGGGAGAUUGAGGGUGCUGGAGAGUAUAGGCAUGCGGCGUUUGGGACCAAGGCUUCUGUUACUCCGAUUUCUAAGGGCAGGGAGUAUUACUAG